AGUUACCACCAUGAGUGCUAGUGACAAGUACAAGUAUAGGAUCGAGAUCCAGCAGAUGAUGUUCGUACUGGGGGAGUCCAAUGACCCCCCAGUUGGCACUACAUCGAUCAUAGAGGAUAUCGUCCGAGGGCAGGUGAUUGAGAUACUUUUACAAUCCACGAAGACAGCAGCAGCAAGAGGAACCAAGUCAAUUGCGCCAGAAGAUGUCAUAUUUCUCAUACGGCACGACAAGGCCAAAGUGAACCGUUUGAGAACCUACUUGUCUUGGAAAGAUGUGCGUAAGAAUGCAAAGGAUCAAGAAAGUGGUGGUACUGAAUCAUUAAUAGAAGGUGAUGGCGCUGGGGGUGGUGGAAGCGGUGCAGCGGCCAGUCAGGCCAAUGACUCCUCAAAAAUGUUGUCAAGAUACAAAAAAUCCAAGAUCAGGUUGCCAUGGGAGUUGCAAUUUAUGUUUAGUGAACAGCAUUUAGAGACCGCAGAAGAAUCGGAACAAGUAGACGACGAGGAAAAAGCCGCCACGAUUGCAUCAUUGAAGAGGUUGAAAAUGGCUGACGACCGUACCAAAAAUAUGACUAGAGAAGAAUACGUUCAUUGGUCUGAAUGUAGACAAGCAUCCUUUACAUUUAGAAAGGCCAAAAGAUUCAGAGAAUGGGCACAAAUUACCCAGUUAUGUGACUCAAGACCAAAUGAUGAUGUUAUUGAUAUUCUCGGUUUCUUGACUUUUGAAAUUGUGUGUUCUUUAACUGAAGAAGCGAUGUUGAUCAAAAAUUCCGAGGAGAAAUUGAUCCAGAUCAAAUCGGAGAUUGAAAAGAGUGAAAACCCUGGCCAGCAAAAACAAAAAAAGAGAAAAUACCUCUUUGAUAAGCCAGAUGAAUUGGAAAAUCCAAUAAUGCCUCACCAUAUUGAAGAAGCUUGGAGAAGAUUACAGUCGAUAGACUUCAAACACAAGGCCGCUAGGUCUUUUGGUGGAGGAAGAGUCAAGAGCAGGACCAGAUUAAUCUAAGAAAUGCGAUGUUUUUACUAUUUAAAGGCUAUAUCGAGUUAAUGUAUCCAAUAGAAUGGUCGAAUCUUUCUGAAAGUCCCGAUAGUUUAAGAAUUCUUUCACGCUAGCCCCACCUGAUGCUUUGGUGGUUUGUUCAAUUUUAUCAAGUUCAAUCUGGAAACCAAUCCAGUUUCUGCAUAAAGGUAACACAUCAAGAGUAAGUGAACUCGGCAAGAUGUAAUUCAAGAACGAUGUCUCAGGUACUCCUGUUGUGUCGUAUGCCCAAUCUUGCGAUGGUGAAUCAGAUAAUUCAUCCAGCAAUUCUAUGUUUUGGGACCUAGUAGUUCUGGUAACUAUUGCCAAGUCCUGGAAAAAUUUGGGCCGUUUUUUAGACCUAGAUCCAAUAAACGAACUUACCUCUUCGCGUAUAGUAUUGAAUGAAAAUCUGGGGG